AUGGUGGUGCGCGUCGAGGCCUAUCUCGCGUCGACCGACGAUGUAGCCGACCUUGGCUUACCGUCUCCACCCAAGCUGCGCGUAUUUGGUGAGCCACAAGCUGCGCCACCGAGCUGCCACGUCCUCUCGCACACGAGCUACCAGCUGCUUUGGUGGGGCCAUCUCGUCUCGCAAAGCCUCGUUCUCUGCGUGCUCUUGCUUCGCGUUCAAGCGGUCUUGGCGUCAAACGCUCAGGACAACAGCAGCUGGGCCGUGCUUCUGCUUGGCAGCGCGAUGUGCCUAGCGACAUUGGACCUUAGCGCCCUCGUCGUGGCGUCGCUCAUUGCCAAACGCUUCCGCUUUGCUCGUUCAUGGCUCGCGUGCGAGGCGUCGCUAGCGACGUGGUCCGCACAGCCGUCUGCCAUCGCUCUCAUGGGCUCUGUCGCACUUGCUCUCUGGUUGGUUCAGCUCCACGAUGCGAGCUACUUUAGCAGUAGCCGCACUGCCAGCUACGGCGUCCUUGGGCUUUGGUGCGUGGUGUCGGCUUGCACCGUGCAGUUGAAAACUGUCGGUCGUGCUGCAUGGCUGUGGUCGUUGCAAACAUGGACGCUGCUCGUUCUUGGCUUAUGGACGCCGUCGACACCACUGACCGUCUGGGGUCCGUCGCUCACCGCCGCCUAUGACCAGUCUCUCCAUGCAGGCAUCUUUGCUGUGCAGUCCAUCCUCACCACGUGGGUGCUUUGGCUCUUGCCGCAUCUCGUGCAACCGUCCAAAGCCGUGUCCUCGCCGCAUCUCGUGCAACCGUCCAAAGCCGUGUCCUCGCCGCUCAAGGUGCGGCAGUGGACUGUCCGACGCCCUUCUGUCACCGCCGCCACGAUGCCAGCUCUCCACACGGCCAAGACUACAUGGUCGCGGUGGGGUCGCUGGACGAUGCACAGUCAGUGGCUUCUCGCGCUUGUAGCUGUGGCGUGGGACAGCUACUGUGUCGUGAUGCGACGAUCGGCGCCUGGUUGUGACAUGGCACGUGGUCAGCUUUUCACGCUUGCGCCGUGCUGCCUUGUCUACACCAGUCGCAAUUGCGAAGCCGUGCCACUGCUGCCACGCCUCGUAGCGCUCCGCAUUCUCGACUGCGACCACACGAUCCUUCCAGCACUCGAGGUACUCGCUGUGGCGUUGAUCAACUGCACUACAACCGACACCACGUGGGCGUCCUUGACGCCAACGACCACGUUCAUCUCGCUUCGGAACGUGACGCCGCACGACGCGACGUUUCCGGUCGCGCUACUGCGCAUGCUGCACGUCCGCGUCGAGAGCAGCACCGUGAUGCAAUGGCCGCGCGAUGCCGUCCGCAGCCUCCUUGUGACGCUCGACGUGGCCGACACGCAGCUGCCGUUUCCGCCGACAUACAUACGCUUUCCGCAGCUCGUUGGCUUGCACUUUGUCAACACGAGCGCGUCGACCAUCGAGGCGGUGCGAGAAGACGACUUCGCCGCCUUGCAGCUCCUCAACGUAUCGCGAAACCCCUUGACGACCUUGCCGCCAUCGGUGUGGCAGCUCCCACGCGUGCACACGGUCGAUGUACGAGGUACGCAACUGUCGGCGGUGCCUGCACGGUUCUCGCCGUCGCUUCGGCUUAUUCUGGCAACGACGACGCCGCUGUGUGCGGGGGUUGCAGCCUUUUAUGCGUCCCUUCAACCGACGCACCUCGGUGUUUCCUUUGCCCGCUCCGACGUCAGCUUGAUUCAAUGUCAACCCCACGCCUAA